CAGAUUAUAUCUGUAAUUUGUAGAUAGGUAAUAAACAUGACUGAAAUAAGUGGAAAUGAAAUACGUGUCAUCAGACAUGCUGCAGAGACCUUGAAAUCUUUAAACCGCAGUCGAAAAGAAGGACUUCUUUGUGAUGUCACUAUUGUUGUUGGCAAAGAAACUUAUCUUGCACAUCGUUAUCUGUUAGCUGUCUCUUCAGAAUAUUUCCGGAAUCUUUUUUCCGAAGAUAAAAAAGAGGAAGUAGUAACUAUUGAAGACACUGAGCCAAAUAUUGUAAAACAAUGUAUCGAGUUUAUUUAUACAGGAACUGCAAACGUUACAGAUGAAAAUGUUUGUCCUCUAUGGGAAGCUUGUAGUAAAUUGCAGCUACCUGAUAUUGCUGAACGAUGUGCUAAUUACCUUGUUGCUGCUAUGACUGGGAAACGAUGCCUUUUUGCUCGAGAGUUGGCAAUUAAACAUGGACACGAACGAUUGAAAAAGGCUGCAGAAGAGUUUGGAUUGGAACAUUUUGCAGAUAUUAGUGUGGAAAACGAAUUUCUCAAAUUGAAUAAAACUGAUGUUUUGUUUUUUCUCAAAGCUCCUAGAAAUAUAGAUUUACCAUCGACUGUCGCUUACUUUGCAAUCAUCAAUUGGAUACACCAUGAUUUCAUGUGUAGAUCGAAUGAAUUUCCUGUGCUUCUUCAGUACAUUGAUAUAAGUCGACUUUCAAACCCUUUUCUUUUGCAGACAAUUCGAAAUGAACCAUUGUUUAGCAUUUUUGACGAGUCAAGAUCUUUGUUGGAAAAUGAAUUAGUUUCAAGAAUAUCUAAAAGGGAUUUGUGUCCUGCAGUUAUUUUGUUUGAUAGCUCAGUAUGCACCACUAAGGCUUAUAACAUCAACACCCAUAGAGUGUGCAAAAUGCGUGGCCUCGAAAAAAACAUGUACGAAAAUUGUACUGCUUUAUGCUUGGAAGAAUUCAUCUACGUUUUAAAGGGGGAUGAGACAUAUCGUCUUAACUGCACACACAAAAUGGGAGUUUGGAGUAGAAUCGCAAAUCUGUCUUGUACAAGAAUUUCUAAAAUUGAAGCAGGAGUUUUGAAGCACCAUAUCUAUGUUACAGGUGGCAAGAUUGAAUGUGAUGGUGCAACUGUAUCCCCUUCUGCUGAAUAUUACCAUCCUUCUAAGAAUGUGUGGCUAAGUAUGCGGAACAUGCCCACUGCAAGAUAUGGUCACGUUGUCGUUGGCUGUGGUGAUUUUUUAUAUUGCAUCGGAGGGCGUGGUAAAGAAAAUAUUAUACUUGAUACUAUGGAUAAGUUUGAUCCAUCAAUGGGAGUUUGGUUUUCAGAAAACAGCCCACUCAACAGACCAAGAGCAGAUGCAACGGCCGUUUCCCAUUGUGGCCGAAUUUAUGUUCUAGGAGGCGAAAUUCAACCAGGUAAAAUCACUAACUCUGUUGAGUAUUAUGUACCCACUGUUGGCACUUGGACCAUUAUAGCAAGAAUGGUUUUACCUCGGUCCAUUUUUAGUGCGGCUAUAUUUGAAGAUAAGUUAUUUGCCAUUGGAGGAAUGGAAGAACAGCAAGACAAAGGUACUGUUUCCAUAGAAACCAUGAAUUUGGACAAUAAUACUUGGACCUUGCAUGGCAUUGUUAGAGGAAUUGGAAAACUCGAGGCUGCUGUAGCCAAAAUGAUCUGAUUUCAUUUAGGUUUGUGUUUAGUUAUAAUUUCAGUUAACUUGAAAAUAGUUAACAUAUGUUUGUUGAACAUUAAUAUCAGAAUCAGUUAAAACUUAUGUAGUAUGCGAACCAAGAUGGCAGACACCGGAACGUAGUAUCUGCACCAGGUUAGGCCAUAAUUUCUGGUACAAACCUGAGUCACUUGGCUAGUCACCGAACUCAUAAUAGAACUAAAAUAGGGAAAUUAUAAUAAAAAUAUGUCCUAACCCUAACCUGGUACACAAACUACAAGACCGCCAAACUUGGUAUGGCAAUUUUCUUAUUUAUACCGUGUUAACUCAUGUUUCAUACUGUUUUUUUAUCUUUAUCUUUUUAGCUAUGGUGGUCGUGUUUAUCAAGAUAUUAUCUUCUUUAUCUUCAAACAUAGUGUUAUUGUAGUAGAAUUCAAUUCCAUACUAUUUAUGUUAGUAACUUUUAGUGGUAAUAAGAUCUUGCAAUCAAACUGGAAGAAGGAUUCAUUAGUGUUUAUAAACUCUGUUAAAUCAUAACCUAAAAAAAUAAUUUUCCCAAAAAAUUUCAUUGCAUAUGGUGAGAAAUUAUAAUACUCAAAAUUUAUCUUACAAAACUUCAGCAUAAAACAUAGUGACUUUUAAGGGAGAAUUUUAGAAUAUCAUAUUUUGGAGUUGAAAUCAAUACCAUGCUAAUUUGAAACAUAAAAUUUGUUUAUGUUUUUUAGUUUAACCAACAAUGUUUGUCUUAAUGACAGAAACUGUUUAUAUUAAAAAUACCUACCAGUAUGUAAUAGUAUAGUAAAAAUAUGCUUUGCUGCUAAUUAAAGUUUAUCAAAUAUUUAUAAUAUCCAUGUAUUGAAUGUAAUAUUAUUAUAAAUAUAUUAAUGGCUCAAAAUAUACUUUAAGUCAUUUUACGGACCGUAAGGCGCGCUUUGAAUCCCCUUUUUCUCAAAAAUCGAUUGUGCGCCUUAUAAGUCAGUGGGCAUAAUAUCAGAUAGUGCACUAUGCUUUAUUGCCUACACUCAAAUCCAGUACCAGUACAUGCCGCAUAGUUCCGUGUGCCUUAUAUACGGACUAAACCCAAAUCUAAGCAUGGUGCGCCUUAGGGUCUGUAAAGUACUGUACUCUGUUUUUGAGUGAGGUUUGCAACUUCUCAAAUACACACUUUAUUUUGUUAGAUGUUGUAGAAUGAAAACUUGAAUUCUUUCAGUUGAUUGUUUUUUUGAUAUAUAG